AUGGCAAAGAAGGUGGAACGACAAAUUACCUUAGAAAAUUUGAACAUAGGCAGUAUGGAAAUAAGUCAGGCGAAUACUGUUAGCCACAACCAGAAUGCUCAUAAUGAACUUGUAGUUGCUGCCAAUUUAUAUAAUGAAAGGCGUUAUAGUAAUCCUAAUAAAGGUGAAAAAUGUACCUAUUGCGGAAUGAGUGGACACACAGUUGAGAAGUGCUACAAUAAUCACGGCUAUCCUCCCAAGUGGAUUUCGAGAUUCAAAUCAAAAGGAAAACAGGCGGCAGCUAUCAACACUACUGGAGAUUCUGGAACUACUUCUGAUCAGGUGCAAAAGUUGAUCACUCUCCUUCAGGCUCAAAUCGGGCAGUCCCUAAGCAUGAACACUGCAGCAGCUGUUGCUUUGAUUCCAAAGUUCAAUGAGGAAGAUUAUGUUAUUGAAGGCAAGUUUUAUGUUACUCAUAUUAAUUCCCUAUUUUUUAAUGCAUCUACUUGGAUUUUAAACUCCGGUGCUACGGAUCAUAUCAUUUGUUCACUCGAUUAUUUUGAUAAUUACCGUGUUGUUCAUGGAGCUAAGGUUAAUCUACCUACUGGAAGUACAUUUGAGGUUAAGCAUAUUGGCAAUGUUAGGUUCAACAAGGAAAUCUGGUUGAAAGAUGCUUUGCAUAUACCAUCUUUCAAGUUUAAUAUCAUAUAUGUGAGUAAACUCUUACAAGAUACGUGUAGUAAGCUAAUAUUCAUGUCCGAUCAGUGUCUAAUUCAAGGAGUACUUGGGACAAAGAUUGGUUCAGCUGAGCUAAGGAAUGGUUUAUACUUGUUGAAUGAGCUGCCAAAGCCACAUGUUGACGUUCAUAGUUUUGCAGUAAACUAUAUUUGGGGGUCGUUUCAAGUCUGCUCACUAAAAGGAGAACGUUACUUCCUAACUCCGGUUGAUGACUACUCUAGAUAUACUUGGUUGCGAAUAAUGAAGAGUAAGUCUGAGGCUAGACAGUGUAUAAGGCGCUUUCAUGCCAUGGUAUUGACGCAAUUUGGGGCUAUGAUUAAGAUUUUUCGAACAGAUAACGGGGCAGAGUUCAACAUGACUGACUUCUUUGAUGAAAAGGGCACAAUUCACCAAUAA